AUGUUCAACACAAUUUUACUUCGUUCCAGCACCACCUUGAGUACGAGUGGUAUUGCUCGAAAGGUCAUCGUUAUGAGUAGCCAUGAAAUGUGGAGUGCCUCUAGGAAUUUUAAUGUGGAGAUGAUGAAAAAUUAUUUUAGUAUGCGAGAAUUCUCAUCAAAUUUAAAAUGUAUGAGUGUUGGAUAUAAAAAUCCAAACUCCGAGACUGUCAACAUUACAUUUGUUGACCCCAAGAACAAUAUCAAGAAAACAGUAAAGGCCCCAAUCGGGGAACAUUUAUUGGCGGUAGCUCAUGCCAAUGAUAUUGAUUUAGAAGGUGCCUGUGAGGCCUCUCUUGCUUGUUCUACUUGUCAUGUAUACAUUCAAGAUGAAUAUUUCGACAAGUGUGGAGAGCCAGAAGAAGAGGAAGAAGACAUGCUGGAUUUGGCGUACGGACUGGCUCACAAUUCUAGAUUGGGUUGUCAAGUCUUUGUCACCAAAGAAUUGGAAGGAAUGACGGUGACCUUACCAAAAGCCACUAGAAAUAUGCAGGUUGACAAGAAGAAGUAA